UUUAUGAAUCAGGGAAUCCAGAUAGUCAGAGACCCCAACGCCCUGCUUCUGUUUCUCUAACAAACCCAUCAGAAAUGGAAACCCAGAAGGAUCCAAAACCCAGAGUUGUUUGCUGCAUUGGCGACGUCCAUGGCUACUUCACCAAGCUCCAAAACCUCUGGUCCAAUCUCGAGACCCAAAUCGGCCCCUCCGAUUUCGAGGCCGCCUUGAUCAUCUUUAUGGGAGAUUACUGCGACCGAGGCCCCAACACUCGUGAAGUCAUCGAUUUCCUCGUCCAUCUUCCCUCCAAAUACCCCAAACAGUCCCACGUUUUCCUUUGCGGCAACCACGACCUGGCCUUCGCGGCCUUCGUCGGCGUCCUGCCGCCGCCGCCCGACCCGUCGGAGACGUGGAAAGAGUACGCGGCGAGUGAGGAUAGAGAAGGGUGGUACAAGGGUGAUGGCUAUGAGAAUAUGCAUCUGCAAGGUAGGAGGUGGGCUGGGUCGAUUAAGGUUAGAUUCAAUACCGUGAAGGGGACUGAGUACAAGGGUUCGAUCUACGAUGCUGGGCCGACGUUUGAAUCGUACGGUGUUCCACACGGUUCUGCUGAUCUGAUGAAGGCAGUCCCUGAUGAACACAAGAAGUUUCUAGCUGAUCUAGUUUGGGUCCAUGAAGAGGAUGAUGUCUGUAUAGAAACUGAGGAAGGAGUCAAACACAACAAGCUGAUUGCUGUACAUGCUGGCUUGGAGAGAGGCAAAGGGGUCAAAGAGCAGCUACAGUUUUUGAAAGCCCGGGACACCAGGGUGCCUAAGGUGGAGGCGCUUAGUGGCAGGAAAAAUGUAUGGGAUAUUCCAAAGGAACUGACCGAGUAUCCGACCAUUCUGGUAAGCGGUCACCAUGGAAAGCUUUACAUUGAAGGUCUUAGACUGAUUAUCGACGAAGGUGGUGGAUUUGAGAAUAAUCCGGUGGCUGCAGUUGUGCUUCCCUCCAUGAAAAUUGUUCGAGAUACCGAUGUUUUGGGGAAAUAGUAUAUUCUCAGUGAUGCAUUCACAAAAUCCUUUUUCAAUUUCGCUGAGCGACAUAAUCCAGUUUUUAGAGGAUGUAAUUUGUGCAUAGAGCACAUUACUUGUCAGCAGAAAAAGGUGAACAAUGUGAGUCUAGAUGUAUACUGGCUGCUUAAUUUUGGUAGUAUUAUGUUCAUCACUAGUUCUUGUAUCUGUUGCUGCUGUUGUUUCUUUCCAAGGAUGCAGUUAUUGAAAAUGAAUAAUGUAAGCAAAAUGUGGUAUAAUAUUUAUUAAUACAGCCGCAUAUGAGCUAAAAAAAUUGACAUUUAUCAAGAA